GUGGUGUUCGUAUCAUUGUUGUCUACAACAACACUCAAAUCUCCUUCAAUCUCCAUUUCUUCUAACCAACCAAAGGCAAAAAAGGAACACAACAAGAAAUGAAAUAGAUUUUUUGUGCAUAAUUGCUUCGAAUCACAAUAAGUGAAUGCAUCACGGUGUUGUUGGGAGGAGUAGACCGUUGAUAUUAGAUGAAAAAGCAGAGACGCACAGUCACCGAGAAAAUCUAUCCGGUCUAACGUUAUUGGCCGUAUUGGGCGGCGGAGACAUGUCGGCGGUGACUCCCCAGCAGACGCGGACCCUUCUGGAUGUCAUAAAGGACGAUCCGAACGGCAGCAAGGAAAACCGGAAAACAUGGAAGCAUUUCAAGGAAAAGCUCCGGCUAAAGCGUGCCGGCGCCGCCUGGACUUCCACCGUCCCGAUCCCUGCCUCCGACGUCCCGAUCAAUCCGACGAACUACAGGGCGAUGAUGGCUCGGAGGCUUUCCUCCCGGUUUCCUUCCACGAACCACGGCCCCGACGCUGAAUACCCCGCCGAGGAAUACAAACCGGAGCUAUCUAUGUCCGUCUCGCGGAGAGAUCUGAGAUCCGCCCCGUCGAGCAGAAUGUUGAACAGGAAUCCAAGCCGCGCGGCAGAUAGGAGCUUCAAAUUACAGAGCUCGAUGUCAAUAAGGAGACCGGCCGAAGGCGGAGAUGAUGAAAUUGACGGAGGCGAGGGAGAAGACGGAGAAAAUGAUGAGGGCGGAGAAGGAGGAGGAGAGCCGCCGGUUAGGAUGUCGCUGAUGGCGUUGCUGGCGGAAUCUGAAGGCGGAUACAUGAUGGAUGAGGAAGAGGAGGAGGAAGGCGGAGGUUGCGAGGACUACGGCGGCGGGGAAUUCCACAACUGCUGCGUGUGUAUGGUGAGGCACAAGGGCGAGCCGUUCGAGCCGUGCGGCCACACGUUCUGUAGGCUCUGCUCGAGGGAGCUUUGGGCGGAGAAGGGGAAUUGUCCACUCUGCAACAAUUUCAUACUCGAAAUUCUCGACAUUUUUUGAUCAAUUCCCGCCAAAUUAAACCCCUUCUCGGCAAUUUUGAUUUAGUUUUUUUUCUAUAUAUACUACGUAUUUGUGUUUGCUUUACUGUGUUUGCUACUUGCUAGAUAUGUAUUUUGUUAUUGUGUCCUUGUUAUUACUGGUUAAACUUGAAAAAACCGCAUGAUUCUUAAUUUCUUAUCGGUCCCUAUACAUUACAGAAAUACAGAGUAUUAAUUUAAUGUAUUAA